AAGAAGACUGACGGCAUUUUUAUUUUAUCGGAGCUGUCCUAUAAGGGAACAUUUAAUGGCUUGGGCAGUUCUCGUAAAAAUAGUUUAAUAUCAGUCAAAUUUUUCCUAUUAACAAUAUAGAAACUAAAUCAAUUAUGGAAUCGGAAAAUGUCACAGUCGGUGUAGAGGGUAAAUCUGUAUCUCGCGAGGUAAGCCCAGCCAAAUCUCGAACGUCUCGUUCACGAUCGCGUUCUGCAUCAGUAGGGCCUGAAAGUCCUAAAAGUCCAAGUACCAAUGCAGUGAAACCUCGUUCACCAUCAGCCAACUCUAACCAUAGCGAUGUAUCACGAAGUUCAAGUGUCAACUCACGUAAGUCAAAUUCGAGUAUCCUAAAUAAAACAACAGAGUUGAAUAGCACUAAAGAAAGUGAUGGACUGGAACAAAACAAGUCUGGUUCCAAAUCCCCGGAACAGGAGAAUAAUAUCAAUGGAUUAGAAAGUCGAUCUAAGAGUGGAACUCCAGAACAGCGCAGAAGUCGCAGCCGUAGUAUAGCCUCAAACAGAUCGAAGCGAUCUCGUACUCCUAGUAAGGAUAAAGAUGUUCAAUCCCGAUCUAAGUCUCGAUCUAGAUCAAAAAGUUCCGGGAAAUCAGUUUCACGGUCGCGUUCCAAGUCUAAAUCGCGAUCUAGAACAAAAAGUCCUGUUCAACUACGUACUCAAUCUAGAUCUAGGUCCAAAUCUCCUGUGAAAUCGCGUUCUAAAUCCCCAUCUAAAUCUUUGAAAUCACCAUCCAAGUCAAGGUCUCGUUCGAAGUCUCACUCCAAAUCGCGUUCUAGAUCUCACUCUAGAUCACGAUCCAAAUCCCGUUCUAGAUCGCGAUCCAAAUCUCAUUCUAGAUCCCGGUCAAGAUCGCAAUCUAUGUCCCGAUCGAGAUCGCGAUCAGUAACCCACUCAAGGUCAAGAUCACGAUCCAAGUCGCGCUCUAGAUCGCAUUCAAAAUCUUCCGUACGAUCGGGAACGCGAUCAAAAUCCCGUUCCAAAUCUAGAUCGAUAUCAAGAUCAAGUUCUAAAUCGAGAUCUGGCUCUAGAAGUCGUAGCCGUUCAGGCAGUAAACGUCGUGAUAGUAGGUCUAGAUCUAAAAGUCGGUCAAGAUCACGUUCUUCAUCUGGAUCAAGAUCUAGAAGUCGAUCUAGUGUGCGACGAAGUCGCAGUCGUAGCCGAAAAUCUGGAUCCAGAUCGCGUUCCAGAUCAAGGUCAGGUUCUAGAUCAAAAUCACGUUCUAGAAGUCGUAGUCGCUCAGGAAGUAGAGCCAGUUCUAAACGCAGCCAAAGUUCUGGAAGAUCACGGAGUCGGUCAAGAUCACAUUCAAGAAGCCGCUCAAUUUCCCCAACUAACAAAAAAAAGCGUUCCGGUAUUUUGAGCGAUUCAGAUGACGGGGAUGAUCACGGAGACAAAUCGCCGAAGAAGAGGGCUAAAAUAACAGAUUCCGAUCACGAGGGUGAAGAACUCGAAGAAGUAACUGAGGUUCAAACCGACGCAGAAGAGAACAAAGAUGAUUCGCAUGCAAAUGUAGAAAGACCUUUGGUUGACGCUGGUGAUUCAGAAGAUGAGGGGGUUCGCGAAGGAGGCGGUGGUGGUGGAUUUAUUUCGGAUUUCGAGCUGAUGUUACUUCGUAAAAAAGAGGAAAAAUCUAAAAGACGUAAACGAAACGAUAUCGAUCUUAUCAACGAUAAUGAUGAUUUAAUUGCACAACUGCUGCAGCAAAUGCGCCAAGCAGCCGAGGAUGAUCGACAGCUGAACAAGGAAGGAAUGCCGGCUACCAAAAAAAUUGCUAUUCUGAAAUAUGCUAUGUCUCAGUUGAUCAAAAAAGAUCUUCAACUGGCCUUUCUUGAGCAUAAUGUGCUGAACGUUCUUACAGACUGGUUGGCGCCGUUGCCAAAUAAAUCCUUACCGUGUUUGCAGAUUCGUGAAUCUAUCCUGAAAUUGCUCUCCGACUUUCCCUGUAUCGAUAAGUCCUAUCUGAAACAAUCGGGAAUUGGUAAAGCCGUCAUGUAUCUAUACAAACACCCACGGGAGACAAAAUGGAAUCGCGAGCGUGCCGGAAAGCUAAUUUCCGAAUGGGCAAGACCAAUCUUCAAUUUGAGUACCGAUUUUAAAGCGAUGUCUCGUGAAGAACGACAAGAGAGAGAUUUGCAGCAAAUGCCUAAGAAACGCAAAAUGUCACCGGAGCCGCAAGGCCAAGGCAGCACUAGUAAGAAAGGUCUACCGUUUACUGAAGCAGAAAAAGGUGCUCUGCGACCAGGAGAUAAAGGCUGGGUUCAACGUGCUCGUGUUCCUAUGCCUUCCGGUAAGGAGUAUAUUGUUCGACCCAAAUCGACGAACGACGUAGACAUGAGCAGGAUUACUAAGAAGAAAAUGAAUCGAUACGAGAAGCACUUAAAAAAGUUCAUCGAUGCUAAACGACUAAAAUCUUCUCGACGAGCGGUCGAAAUUUCAAUUGAAGGCAGGAAGAUGGCCCUAUGAAAGAAUUUUGCAGAAAUGCCAUUAAACCAAGAUAACGAUUGGAACCAUCCGAAAACACAAUUGAAAAUAAUUUUGAAUUUAAUCUGUAGACGAAUAAAUAACGCAUCAAUGUUUGACGAUUUAUUUGUCUGGGCUUGUUCGUAAAAAUGAGAGCAGAUCUUUUAUGAAGAAUCAAAUAAACCAUAGAAACUGAAA